AUGUAUGAUACCCAACGAAGACCUCGCAGCCUUUCUUGUCCACCUCUCACACAUCUUGCUUCUGAUAACGCCGAGAUCACAUCUGAAUGGCGUCGCACAUCUUACAGUGCAGGUGACGCUAGGGACCGCUUCUCUACUCCUUCCAAUGGCAUCUCUAACAAUUUCCGGAUCCUUGGUUCGGAGGGUCUCACUACAGUCAUGCUCCGUGAUCUCCCUCUAAAGUAUACACAUGAGUUGUUAUGGGUAUUUAUGGAGACAUGUGGUUUCACUGGUACCUACGACUUUAUAUACCUUCCGACUGACUUCGUCAGAGGGACUAACAUGGGUUACGGCUUCAUCAACUUCAAAACUUCUCAUUAUGCGAAGACUUUUAUGUCUAGCGUGAACGGAGUCCGGUUACCUUUCAGUGGUAACAGUUCGAAACAGUGCACUUGUUGUUGGGCCCGUAUUCAAGGCUAUGAUGCUAAUAUUGCCCAUGUUGCUAAAUCAGCAUUGAAAAAUCUACCUGGUAAUGUGAGACCUAUAAUCCUUAAUCCCAGUGGUGUUCGUAUCCCAUUCAUUUGCCAUGGCGGCGAGAAGACUAUCUCUCCUAGGAAGUUCAGCAAGGAAGCUCGCAAGAGUGGUCAAGAAGAUCCAAGGAAAAUCUUCAUUGGGGGUAUCCGAGAAGGUGUCACAGAAGAGUCUAUGCGGGCAGCCAUACUGAAUUGUAUGCCUUCUGGUUCUGACGUGUUAGAUUGUUCUAUCGUUAGAGAUUGCCGCAAUGGCAAGAAUAGAGGAUUCGGAUUCGUCACAUUUGACUCCCAUGAGACUUCUGCAUUCGUACUUGAUAAGUACUCUACCGGCGCAUCCCCUUUAUCUAUUGAUGGCCAUGUUGUUUCGGUUAAGCCGUAUAUGGUUGUGUAG